AUGCUGAAUAUCGAACACGAAGUAUUAGAGAAGCGAAGUAUUCGCAUUCUCGCCGUGCCACCCAGUUCACCGACUCUCCUGGGCCUCCCAGCUGAACUUCAGCUGCAUAUCAUCUCGCAUCUCGACUACCCCUCAUCGUUGGCACUAUCGCAAACAAAUAAACAACUCCAUUGCAUCGUCCCAGUGCAAUCGCCUCGAACAUCAGCGCAGAAAAUGGCAUUUUUGAAUGCGGUGGAGACAUGGCAAAGCUACGUGUACGCUACAACUUGA